AGUGUUGACGCCAUCUUUUUCAGACGGAUUACGUGUAGAAGGAAUAUAUUCUAAACAAAGAUUCAUAACAUACUAAACAAUUUUUAGUAGUUGGAACAUUUGAGGUGAACAUAGUUUUAGUUCUGUGAAAACUAUUUUAAUAGGUAUCAAGCAGUGUCAUUCUAACUUUACUUUUUAAGGAGAAAGGGAGUUUAACAUGCAUACUCAAGUUGCUGGAAGUGCACAAAGCACGAGAUCCGCUGAGCGCACCAAGAGAUGUAUCCGUAUCACAGCAUGGGCCACACGAAUUCUAGCUCUCCUCAGCAUCGUGUUUUGUAUCGUGGCCUUUGUGACAAUAGGAGAAUAUGUGUUUGGAAUCUUCAUGAUGGUCACAGCAAUCCUUAGUGUUAUGAGCCCGUUAAACUUCAACUGUUGCUGCUACUCGGAUUGUUCAAGAAACACAAAGGCUGAAAAAGCAAUCGGACAUUGGGGUGUCAUUGUGUGGAUGUUCUUGAGCAACAUUGGAUACAUCGUUAUGUUUGGGUACAGCUGGUACUAUUGGAUGGCAUCUAGAGAUAGCUAUUACUAUAGAGGUUCCAGAUAUGACAACAAUUAUAACAAGAAUUAUAGCUACUACUACCCUAAUCACGACAUUUCUUUGCUCGACACAGUAUUUGCAAUGUCUCUGCUUAUCACGUUCUUCCUAUCGAUAUUCAACCUUUACUCGCUUUGCCUUGUCUACAAGUACGGUUGUUGCUUCAUGAAUGAAGUCGAUAAGGAACACUCUCAGCAAAGCGUUGAAACAGUAGUCGUGAUGAAUCAGCAGAUAUCCACGAUCGGAGGCGGUAUUCCGGUUAACGGUGUACAGUUUACAAAUGCUGCAGUGGGUGCUCAGCAACCGUUUACCAACCCUGGGAUGCAGUACCCUCAAUACCAGCCAUAUCCUGCCGGACCUCAUUACAUGGCUACACCUUUACCACAAGCUGUUGGUGUAACAACUGACUCAGUUGGCGUAUCUUUUCCACCAACAAUGGCGGAACCAGUUGGACAGGCUUCUAGCCCUCCACCAUACGCUGAAGCUGAUCCGAAUGAGAAACAACCACAGUGAUCGAAUCACAAAGCUCGUUUCUUGCCAAAUUGUCACAGUAACAUGAUACAAUAACAAUGAUAUAACUAAAACAUACCAAUAAGUGUUAAUGUUCAUAAUUUAAAAAAUAACAUUGUUUAAAAGAAAAUCAUUUUACGAGCAAAUCUGUUAUUAGUCUUUCAAACAAAAUGAUGCCAAAUGAAUAGAUCUGCAUAUCUAUAUAACAUCCAUGUAAAAUUACCUUAUUUGCAUAACGUAUAACUAUAUAUCUCAACAUAUUUGUCAACAUAUAUGUAUACAAUUUCAUUAUAAAUGUUCAAGCGCUGUUACGUGAUAUGUCCAAAUUUAGCAUUUUCCGAUGUGAAUAAGUAUCUCUUAAAUGAUAUACAAAAAAAAACUCUUUGUAAAUUAACCAAAGAGUUAAAAACCAAAAACUUAAAACAAAAUAUUAUGAUGGAUCUUUCAAUUGUACCCUUUUUGAGUGUGAAAUAUAUUAUUUAUUCGGAAUAUGUUAAGUAUGUCAUUUCAACGCAUGACUAUAAUUGCUAUGUGUUUUAAACAUGUGUUCGUAAAUACCUGUAUGUCGUCGCUGGUAUGUGUUAUUUUUUUAUUUCAAGCUUUUAAGUUUAACUGAUGUUGAUUUUUACGUCUAAGAAUGAGUAUUGUCUAAAAAUGUUUAUAAUAUAUAUAUAAAAUUGAUAAAAACCAACCAAAAUCGGCGCGCUACUUUUUGUUUUAACAAUUUAUUAAAGUUAUUUGCAAACGUCUGAUUUCAUUUAUAAUUUAAUCAUAAAUCAUGAGGGUAUUGUUUAUGGUGUAUAUGUGUCCAGACUUACAUGUAUUUUUUUUAUAUGUUCCUAUAGCUAGCUUUUUACAGAUUGAUCCCACAAUGAUUUGAAAUAAGAUUGCGGGCAUGCGCGGAAGACAAUCGAAAUAUGAAACAAUCGCAGUAAUCGAAUCAAAAACAAUGUUGAUGCCAAUUACAUAGAUCUGCAUUUGUAUAUACUUUCUGUGUAAAUAUUUCUUUUUUGUGUAACUUACUUACAUUUAUCUUAAAGGCCUAGUUUAAGCCUGCUAUAAGUGACCCCCCCCCCCUCACCCCCCCCCCCCAAAAAAAAGAGAGUGUAUUUGUACACAACUUCUGUUAAUAAAUCUUAAUAUAAUUGCCUAAUCGUCUUAUCAGAUCUCGAUUCUGAGUAUCCUGCUGUGCAGUUUUGGAUAUUUUAUUAUAAAAAUGGACCCUAAAUGGCCCUGAGCCAAUUAACGAAUACACAAGAAAUUGACCAUACGGAGAUGCACAGCAGGGGAUUAUAAUGCCAAUCAUUCCUUAAACUAGGCCUUUAAACAUCUUAGUCAAAUGAUUUGUUUAAUAUUCUGUGUGGAAUCCUACAUAUCAUACAUGCAACAGCAUCUUACACAAGUUUUUGAAGGAAAAUAUAAAAAACAAUUGGCGAGCCGUGAAUAAUUGAAAGCCAAUAAGAGUUUGAUCAAAUUAUGUGUGCUAAAUAAAAAAUGAAAAAAGGAACAUUUAAUUCAGAUAUAAGGUGUGCUUAACAGUGUUCGUAUCACAUCUUUAUAACUGGUCGGCUUAACAUGUCAUCCAUUUUCCGAUUAAAAUAUAUUUAGGUAUAUAGUUUAAAACACUACUCCGAACACAGGUAAUCCAAAAUUAUCGCUAUUUCGAAAAUAAAUCGGUCCCGAUUUUAAUCUUUCCUAUUGUUUAAUCUUUAAACAGUUAUCGCUUGUCCGAAUUAAUCGCUAUUCCGAAGUAAAAGAAUACGGUCCCGAUUUGGUACUUCACACCUUUUUGUAAAUUCUUAUUUCGAACUCGACCAUCUCAUAGUUUAACACAUCAUAAUGCGAAUGCACCUAUAAUGCAUUAAGGCGCUAUCACAUUUGAUCGCCGCACUGCUCACUCGACCCGCUAAAAGCUUGGAAUUUCAGUGCUAUUUAAACAUGCUUUAUAUAACUUGAGCUAUGUUCCGAAUGCAUGCAUGUGCUAUUGUUUAAACUGUUUAAUGUUGUUUUAAUAAAGAAGUAUAUUUGUU